UGGAGACACCUGUGCGACAAAGCAAAGAGAUGCGGGCUUUGAAAACCGAAAAUAAGCGUCUGCUCGAGAGGAUCGGCGACCUCCAGCGGAGCUUAGGUGUGUGCAAGAGGGUGGCGGCGGGGCUGCGCAAGGGACCCUCUGUGUUGGCUCAGCCAGUUCUUCAUCCGGUACGAAGGCGAAAGCGAAGGCGGGCGGAGGCGUCAGCAGCAGCGCAGCAGGAGGAGGAGGAGGAGAAGGAGCAGCAGCAGCAGCAGCUGAAGGAGCAGCAGCAGCAGCAGCUGGAGGAGGAGGAGGAGCAGCAGAAGGAGAAGCAGGAAUCAUCUCACGGGGAGGUGGACCCUGAGCAGCAUGUGGAAGGACCCGAAGCGGCGGAGGUCAUCGAGAUCGCAAGGGUGGAGACCGUAGAGGUCGGUGAGACGGAGGAGCGAGAGCAGUCGGGAAGUGCAGCUGCCGAGAGCAAAACACCGGACGCUUCGGGGGAAGGAAAGCUCUGUACCUGGUCCGCUGGCUCUGGAAAAGGCAACCAGAUGCACUUGCUCAAGCUCCCCGAAUCCAUGAGCACCUACCUCGACCGCUUCCAGUCCUUCCAUUUACAUGAGUUUGGGACACAAAAGAUGAAGGAGGGGGCGAGCUCCAGGGUCAGCAGAGUCAAGAGUUUCCUGCACUACAUGUCCUUAGGCAAAAUCCGCCUGUCGGACUGGCAAUUCCUCUACGAUGUGGAGAAGAUCAAAGCGUGA